AUGUUUCGUUUGGGUUUCUUGCUGCGAUGUGCAGGGAAAGAAAUUGUACUAUCAACACCCGCCGAGGUUACCGUGCUAAGGAAGGUGCUUUGCCCGACUAUUCAGCCGUCGGAGCUGGCUUCCCUUGCUGCCGACACUGCGGCAGCAAUGCGGCGUCUGGAUAUUCCUUCCACAGUCACUAUCAUCCAGCUGUUUGCACAGCACGGUGUGCGCCAUGAGGAUCUAAUGCUGACGGGUCUCUGGAAGGUCUUCAAAGCGGACUGGCCUUUGCUUGUUGGAAAGGGAGAAACGGGAUUGAUGCGGGAUUUUGCUGCUUGCACGGCGACAGCCUUUUGUCUGACGUUUCGCGAGGGGUUCGUGCAUGACCCGCAAUUACUGGCCAUUGCUUUUGGACGAUGUGUGGAGUGUGCUCCCCACUUGUCCUUUCACGGCGUCGUUGAUGCGUACGAGGGUAUUCGUCUCUUUGGUCGAAGGUACUUUAGUCUCACAGAGGUGGCAUUGUACUCGGGAGGAGUAGAUGCGGACCCGCAGGCACUUGACGCCGUCAAGGAGCCUUCCUCCUCUACGAUUUUAUCCAGCCAGCCAAACCUUGUGGACGUGCUUUGUGGCGAGUUGGAGUCUCGGUUAAGGCUGACAAUAGAUGGGGUCUGUGAACACGAUGCCGCCGAUGUCGUGCGGUUAAUGCACUCGCUCUCCACUGUGGGGGUGAUGAAUGCCGACACCCUUGUCUCCCUCCGAAGGCUGAUUGAGUCUAUGCACGUGACCACUGAACUGUUUGUAGACCUCUUAGCAGGCGUGCUUGGGAUUCAUACGCGCGUCAUAGAUGUCUUGGAACACGAAGGCGACGAUGCCUGGCUGCUGUCCGAGCGUUCAGCUCUAGUGAAGGUGUUAACGGAGAAACUUCCACGGAACUUGUUUGGUGAUCGUCGCCGCUGCGACCCACAACUGGUAUUGGGGCUGCGACAAGUAUUCGAGAUGCAUCCUGCCCUUGCUGAGGACGCACCAAGCCUGUGGGAUGCUGUUCGCGUGGUUCGUGUGGCGCACAAGCAUGCGACAAGUCAGAAGGAGAAGAAACACCGUCUCGGGGGCGCCUUGUUUAGGCCUGAGUACGCUGUGAAGGUGAAGUCGAUCGUGCCGGAUCGGUCAGAGGCCGAGCGGUUUGUUCCACCCCAGUUUAAGACGUGGCGUGGUCUCGGUGCCAAGAAUUGCCGCCAUCAGGGAUCGGCAACGCCGCAAAAGAUGGGCUUCGGCACGCGUCGGAUAUCGAGGGACUACAUCAAACAAAAACGCAGGAAGUUUGCUCCUGCAGUAUGGUGA